AUGGAGAAAGAAUCUGAUGUGAACUUUUCCAGAGAUAUGGUCAUGCUGGGCGAAAAUACAAUGAUGGACACGGAAAACACUGACCCAGGAGACCAGAAGAAGAUAAACGAGACACUGUGUGAGUCUCGGUUAUCGAAGGAAAAGAGGGGUGAGAUCCAGAAGGAAAUGACCGUAACCAUUAGCCGGAUAGAGGGGAUCAUGAGAAAUGAUCAGGGAGGAUCAAGGAUCUCCCCGGAGCUAGCGAUGGAAAUAGACAAAGUAUUGACCCAGAGAGGGAUCGAAACAAGUGAGGAGUGGCGUGAGUAUAUAAGGAACCAUGGAAAGAGAUGGGGAGGUGUUAGCAGACAUAUGUCAGAGGCGAAGUCGAAACGCUCCGAGCAAUGGUUCAAAGCCAGCACAUGGGGGAGCACGAAGAGGACGUCUUCGACUGAACAACUAUCGGAAGAGUGGUCGAGGUCACGUUUGGAGAGGCAAGCAACAGCGGAGCAAGCACUGGACAACUCAGGUGGGGUUGCUUCUCAGCAGCUUGCAAGUUAUCUGAGGGCAAUGGCUUGUGCAGAUCCCGGAGUAUUUAGGGGGUCUAAGAAUGAGAACUUCAAUGAAUUUGUGAGGCGAUUCAAGAGGAAGUAUGAGGGAGUAGUGAAGUGUGAGGACACCCUUUUGGAGAUCCUGAGUGAUGACCACUUAGGUGGAAGGGCGAAAAACAUGUACAAAGGCGCUGCCCAGGCUGGUAAAAGAGCAAGGAUUUGGGGCAGUCGUAAGAGAGAUGAGUCCACGGCAGGUAGGCUGCGGGCACUGACGGAGCUACGAGCGUUGAAGAUUAGGCCCAAUCAAGACGUGGCUGACUUCUGCGUAGCGAUAGAAAGUUUGGGACAGCAGGCAUAUCCAGAGGGGAACCCUGAAGAUCGAGCAUUAGAAUAUGCCCAAAUUCUCUUGAGUAACCUCGGGGACUGGCCCGAACAUUUCCAGUUAGUGAGUGCCCUACAUAAGGUAGAGGCUCAUAGGGCAUAUGAUGAGAUUAAACAACUAGCUCUAAGUAUUGAGCAGUCAAAACGUAUGCUGAGUGCAAACUGCCACGCCGGCAAGGCAAGCUGGAAAAAUAGAUCCACGCAAUAUCGUACUAGUUACGAGGGUGUAGGACUGGUCCAGACGAGAGCGUGGGAGAGGCAAGAGCCAUGCGGGAAGGAGUCAAGGGGAACAGGAUGGGAGUGGACAUCAAGCUCGAGGCACGCAAAGCGCUACCUGGUAAUAAGGCUAUGCCAAACCCAAGAGCAACGAGUCUAG